AUGAUCAUCGGCGUGGAGCUCGGCUACGAGCGCAGCCGCGUCGGCAUUUGGCGCAGAGACAGCAGCGCUGAUGGUGAGCACGUCGCCAUCUACACCACGCGGUCGAUCGUGGGCUUCACCGCGCACGCGUGCCUCGUUGGCGACGCGGCCGGUGCUCUGGAGGAAAUCCCCGUCGUGAGGCAUGUCGCCAGCCGCGCAAGCGCGAGAGCGCUGGAAAAGACCUGGACCGCCGAGCAGCUCCUCGCGCUGCUUCUCGGCCACCUCAAGCGGCGCGCCGAGGAUUUUCUGGAGGACACAGUGACCGGUGUCGUGAUGGGCGUCCCUGCAGACUUUGAUGCGUUCCACGUUGCUGCGGUCGACGCCGCCGCGCGGAUGGCGGGCGUUGAGAUGCGACGCUGCCGGCCCGCUCUGACUUAUGCUGGCCUCCCCUGCAGCCGCGCGCUCCUUUCGAGGGAGGCGCAAAAUGUUCUUAUAUGCGGCGAUGACGCAGUCUACAUCGUGCGUGUGGAGCACGGCAUUGCGGAAGGGCUCCACUUCGUGCGCUUUGAUGCCGAGGCAUCAGUGGAGCAGAGGAUACACGCCGUUGAGGCGGCGCAUCGUGCCUGCGGCGAAGAGCUCCACCUCGUGCUGGCGAGUGAGGCCAUGCGGAGAGAUUCUGCGCUGUUCUGCGUCCCCGAUAUCGUUUGCGUCCUCUCCCAUCUCCCCUCGCACCCUCUCGUGCGUGUCGUGUCGUAUCGCUUCUUUGAGCUCCUUCCACGCCUUGACGAUUUCGUCAUUGCUCUUUCCUGUGUCGGGCAUAUAAGCGCCGUACACGCUGAUUCGGUGUUUCCCAUCGAGUGUUUCGAGUACCACCCUCCUUACUCGUGCAGCGAUUAUGUCGACCUCCUGUUCUGGUUCAACUUUUUUGAGUUUGUCGGUGUUCCAUACGAUGGCAACGCUGGCGCCAUACCCCUCAAGAUCCCAUCUCCCUAUCACUGCAGCUCUCUCGCCAUCGCUUCACUCGGUGUGGUGGCCAGGGUCCGGUGCCGCGGUAUCGCAAGGCUUUGCACUCUCAACUUUUGGCGUCUCACGGACGCCGUCGCGCGAACGCCGUCGUUUUGA